GCUUUGACGGCCUGCCCUCUCCCAAUCUUCCUCAGCACACCACUGCUCGAAGCUACUACCACUAGUACUCUUCUAGUAGCUCUUGCCUGCCUGCUCAAAGCUACCGCCGAUCCAAUCUCCUGUUCUUCUCCAACAAGCUGCCAAGGCCGUCUCUCGCCAUGGCGACCAAGAUCUACAUCGUGUACUACUCCACCUAUGGCCACGUCGCGACGCUCGCGGAGGAGAUCAAGAAAGGCGCCGCGUCCGUCGACGGCGUCGAGGUCAAGCUGUGGCAGGUCCCGGAGACACUCUCCGGCGAGGCGCUGGCGAAGAUGAGCGCCCCUCCGAUGCGGGAGGACGUGCCGGUGAUCACCCCCGCGGAGCUCGUGGACGCCGACGGCCUCCUCUUCGGGUUCCCGACCAGGUUCGGCAUGCUCCCCGCGCAGUUCAAGGCGUUCAUGGACGGCACCAGCGACCUCUGGUGCGAGCAGAGGCUUGCCGGAAAGCCCGCCGGCAUCUUCUGCUCCACCGGCUGCCAGGGCGGCGGCCAGGAAACCACCGCGCUGACUGCGAUCACCCAGCUGGUGCAUCACGGCAUGAUCUUCGUGCCGGUAGGGUACACGUUCGGCGCCGGGAUGUUCGAGAUGGGGGAGGUGAAGGGCGGGAGCCCGUACGGAGCCGGCACCGUCGCCGGGGACGGGUCCAGGGUGCCUACCCAGCUCGAGCUGCAGCAGGCCUUCCACCAGGGGAAGUACUUCGCGGGGAUCGCCAAGAAGCUCAAGGGCUCCUCCGCAUGAUCGCCUAGAUAAAAACUCUUGCAUUUUGGGUCGUCAAAAGCUAGCUAGAGAUGUUUUCAGUUGCAACGGAAUAAAGUUUGAUUAGCUGUGAACUUUGUCUAUUUGGUAGCUGUUCCUCACUUGAAUCCAUGAGCCGUUUCUCUGUCCUAUGAAAUUCAAAGCAGGAAUGAGGCUGUGUUUAA